CCUUCCCCUCUGCCCUCUGGGUGCCAAGCCUGCAGCCUGCAGCCUGUCCUUCAGCAGUCCCGCCUGAUCCCGCACCUUCCAGGCCACCUGCAGUCUGUAAUCAGACACUGUUUGCUCCCAGAAGGCCCCCCCCCCCCAACAGCCAGCUUUGUACAGUUUCAUUUCUGAUCUCUCCAGAGCCUGGGCAGAGAAUACCCCUAUCUAGGCUAGUGACCUUCGCCUGAGCCCUGGUUAAUAUUUGUCCAAUCCAAAGGCAGUGGGGCUCUGCCCCCUGUAAGAUAUAAGCCGGCCCAGGGCUGCUCUGCUUCCCACUUGGCCUGAGCCACUCCGAGCUCCCUGCCCACCGGCAUCAUGGCCAAGGGCUUCUACAUUUCCAAGACCCUGGGCAUCUUGGGCAUUGUGCUGGGUGUGGCAGCUGUGUGCACCAUCAUAGCCCUGUCCGUGGUCUAUGCUCAGGAGAAGAACAGGAAUGCAGAGAACUCUGCCACAGCUCCCACGCUCUCGGCCACCACCUCGGCCACCACCUCGACUACCACCUCGGCCACCACCUCGACUACCACCUCGGCCACCACCUCGACUACCACCUCGGCUGUCACCUCGGCCACCCCAGCCACUACUGUAGAUCAAAGCCAACCUUGGAAUCAGUACCGUCUGCCCAGGACUCUGAUACCCGACUCCUACCAGGUGACUCUGAGACCCUACCUCACCCCCGAUGAACAGGGCUUGUACAUCUUUGAAGGUAACAGUACUGUUCGCUUUACCUGUAACGAGACCACAGAUGUCAUCAUCAUCCACAGCAAAAAGCUCAACUACACCCUAAAGGGAAACCACCGGGUGGAGCUGCGUGCUCUGGGUGACCCCCAGGCACCUGGCAUCGUCAGCACUGAGCUGGUAGAGCGCACCGAGUACCUGGUGGUGCACCUGCAGGGGUCCCUGGUAAAGGGCCAGCAGUAUGAGAUGGAAAGCCAGUUCCGGGGGGAGCUGGCCGAUGACCUGGCUGGAUUCUACCGUAGCGAGUACGUGGAGGAUGGCGUCAAGAAGGUGGUAGCCACAACGCAGAUGCAGGCUGCUGAUGCCCGGAAAUCCUUCCCCUGCUUCGAUGAGCCAGACAUGAAGGCCGUAUUCAACAUCACCCUCAUCUACCCCGCCAACCUCACAGCUCUGUCUAACAUGCUUCCCAAAGCUUCCAGUCCCCUUCCUGAAGACGCUUCCUGGACUGUCACGGAGUUCAAUCCCACCCCCAAGAUGUCCACGUACCUGCUGGCCUACAUUGUGAGCGAAUUCCAAUCCAUAGAAUCAGUCUCACCUAAUAAUGUCCAGAUUCGAAUCUGGGCUCGGCCCAGUGCCAUUGCUCAGGGCCAUGGUGAUUACGCCCUCAAUAAGACAGGUCCCAUCCUAAGCUUCUUUGCCCAACACUAUAGUACAGCCUAUCCUCUAGAGAAGUCUGACCAGAUUGCCCUGCCUGACUUCAACGCUGGAGCCAUGGAGAACUGGGGGCUCGUGACCUACCGCGAGAGUGCCCUGCUCUUUGAUCCGGAUUCCUCCUCCAUCGGCAACAAGGAGCGGGUGGUCACUGUGAUUGCUCACGAGCUGGCCCAUCAGUGGUUCGGCAACCUGGUGACGGUGGCCUGGUGGAAUGACCUGUGGCUGAACGAAGGCUUUGCCUCCUAUGUGGAAUACCUGGGUGCUGAUUUUGCAGAGCCCACCUGGAAUCUGAAAGACCUCAUAGUGCAGAAUGAAUUAUAUCGUGUGAUGGCUGUGGAUGCACUCGCCUCCUCCCACCCCUUGUCCAGCCCUGCCAAUGAGGUCAACACGCCGGCCCAGAUCAAUGAACUGUUCGACAGCAUCAGCUACAGUAAGGGCGCCUCAGUCAUUAGGAUGCUCUCCAGCUUCCUGACCGAGGACCUGUUCAAGAAGGGCCUUGCAUCUUAUCUCAACGCCUUCAAAUACUCGAACACCGUUUAUCUGGACCUGUGGGAGCACCUGCAGAUAGCUGUGAACGACCAGACAGCAAUCCAGCUCCCAAAAUCGGUGCGUGACAUCAUGGACCGCUGGACCCUACAGAUGGGCUUUCCUGUUAUCACUGUGGAUACCAGCACAGGAGACAUCUCCCAGGAACACUUCCUUCUUGACCCCGACGCCAUUGUCACCCGCCCCUCAGAAUUUAACUACUCCUGGAUCGUGCCCAUUCCGUAUCUCAAAAGAGGACAGCAGUAUGACUACUGGCUGGAAACCCAGAAAGCCCAGAACGACAACUUCAAGACCUCUGCGGCCGAUGAGUGGGUCUUGCUGAACCUUAAUGUGACAGGCUAUUACCAGGUCAACUACGAUGUAGACAACUGGAAGAAGAUUCAGAACCAGCUGCAGGAAGACCUUUCUGCUAUCCCUGUCAUUAAUCGUGCGCAGAUUAUCUACGACUCCUUCAACCUGGCCAGUGCUCGAAAGAUCCCCAUCACUCUGGCGCUGAACAACACCCUCUUCCUGGACCACGAAACGGAGUACAUGCCCUGGGAGGCUGCCCUGAGCAGCCUUAACUACUUCAAGCUCAUGUUCGAUCGCUCCGAGGUCUAUGGCCCCAUGAUGAGUUACCUGAAGAAGCAAGUCCAGCCCCUCUUCACUCACUUCAAAACUCAAACGAACAACUGGGCGGUUCGCCCAUCAACACUGAUGGAACAGUACAAUGAAGUUAAUGCCAUCAGCACCGCCUGUUCCAGUGGUAUCAGCGAGUGUAAGGACCUGGUUUCUCAGCUUUAUAGACAGUGGAUGAGCAGCCCUAAUAAUAACCCGAUCCACCCCAACCUUCGGUCUACUGUCUACUGCAACGCCAUUUCUUUCGGCGGUGAGGAGGAGUGGAACUUUGCCUGGCAACAGUUCCGGAACGCUACUCUGGUAAACGAGGCAGACAAGCUCCGAGCGGCCCUGGCCUGUAGCAAAGAAGUGUGGAUUUUGAACAGGUACCUGAGUUACACUCUGAAUCCCGACUACAUCCGGAGGCAGGAUGCCACCUCCACCAUCAUCAGCAUUGCUAGCAAUGCGGCUGGGCAACCUCUGGUUUGGGACUUUGUCCGAAGCAACUGGAAGAAACUCUUUGAGGAUUUCGGAGGAGGCUCUUUCUCCUUUGCCAAUCUCAUCCAGGGGGUGACGAGGCGCUUCUCCUCUGAAUUCGAGCUGCAGCAGCUGGAGCAGUUCAAGGCGGAUAACCUGGAGACCGGCUUUGGCUCGGGCACUCGGGCUCUGGAGCAAGCUCUGGAGAAGACGAAAGCCAACAUUAAGUGGGUGAAGGAGAACAAGGAGGCCGUACUCGAAUGGUUCACACAGAACAGCUAGUAGACCCUGGUCCUGAGAGCCACUUGGCCCCACGUGACACCAAUGACUGUCUCGGCAGCCUGUGCAGGGUCUCUGUCCUCAGAGCUCCAGACACCGGCAUCCUACCCUCAAGGACCCCGUGAGCCAGCCUAGCUCCUAAUUGCCAGGCUUCUCUGGCACCCCGCAGCCCUUGCCCCUCAUGCCAACUCUGCCCCAGGCCCAGGCCUCUGGGGCUGAUCUCAGGGAAGCCCAGCUCUGAGGCCAGAUUAAGAAGAUUUUAUUGGACAAAGGCACCCCGGAUAGAGUCACCCUGCACACUUUACCACUGUCCCCCACAAGACCCAGAACCAAAGAAUCAU